AUGUUGACACCAUCUAGCUGGGGUGAUCAUAUCCAGGACUUGCGCAAUUUGUUGCAAGGGAUGUCACUAUCAGAUUUAUCAUUCGACACCGUCACUUGGAGCCGUAAGACAACUGAAGAGUCCAUCACACUGUCCAAAUCAUCGCUCCCGCAAUCUACGCCUGCCAAAAAACCAUCGCCCACUCUCCCUUCCACCUCAGCUCGCUUGCAUCGCCCAAGUCACCCACCUUCUGCUGCUACAUCAUCCCACCCCCAGUCGCAAACUGUCACCCAGACACCGUGCCAAGUCACAGUUCCAAUACCUAGUGAGAUCCAUCUCCCACGAGGCGGUGAGACACCUGAGAGGUUCUGGGUUAUAAUAGUCGGGCAGGAAGUUGGUGUAUUUUACCGCUGUGGUAACGUCCAGAAAAGAUACCCGUCGUUUCAGGAAGCAUUAUCAGCAUAUAUGGUCAAAUAUGACGAAGGUAGGGUUCGAGCAGUUCCACUGCCAGGUGGCGCCUUCUGGCCAUCCCCUCCAGAGUCCUCGCCCAACCCUCCUUCACCCACACUCUCUGUAGACUCAUCUGUGAGCUCAGACUCGUAUGAGCUAUGGUCGCAGGUUGAGGACUUGAUGGAGACGAUGAGCCAACUGUAA